AUGUCGUUUCAAUCGCCGAGCAGCGAGGCCAGCAACAGCAAGAAUACCAUGGUGGUCUCCAGUGCCGGAGUGAAGGAAGAGCCAGAGCAGGGAGGCGUGGCCCAUGGCGGCAGAGGAUCACCCGGCGCAGGAGCUACGGUGGCCAAGCAGGCAACCCAAGCCUUGGAGCGGCCACGGAUCAACAUCAGCGUCGACGUGCAGCUUCUCCCCUGCAUCGUCGUCGAGUGCCGCCGCCCCCUCAAGCCUCCCGUAGUCAAGAACAAAGAUUUGAUUAUUUUGCACCACGGAUUGAUGGAUGUGCCUUCAUCCAUGUGGCUGCAGUGCGAGGCCGGGCACCUCCUGUGCGGCGCCUGCCUCAACGGGGGCCACUGCCGCAAGUGCGACCGCGCCAGUGCCUUUGCGCACUGCGGGCCGGAGCUGGAUGUGUUCAUCAGCGACGCCAGGGUGUCGUGCCCGUUCAACUCCUAUGGCUGCGGCACCUCCAUCAUCUACCAUGUGACUGCCACACACCAGGACACAUGCGCCUACGCGUCGUGCCAGUGCGCGGUGCCUGGGUGCCCCUUCACGGCCACCCUGCCGAGGCUCCGCGACCACCUCGUCGUCGACCACGGCUGGCCCCUGCACAUGCUCCUGGCCUACGGGAAGGCGCUCCCGCAGUCCCGCUCCGCGUUCUAG